CAAUCAAAACACCUCACUGACAUUACAUCACCCGUUGUCUUCCAGACAAUGCUAAAUGGCAAGCCAAGCCACCACAUGACCGCGUUACUCCACUCGACCAUACAGAGUGAGUAGAGUGAGUUGCGGGGUGUGAUCAGCCAGUAGCGACGGCUACCCGUUUAAGCCAGGCGCAUUUGAAGACCUGAUAGACGAGCGUUUUAAAACGUGGAGGUCACAGCGAUCACGAGCACCUGAGUUGGACAAGGAGAGAUCAUUCGUACAUAUUUCGAUAUGUUGUGGAUUUGAGAGGGUUAGAAUGAAAGCAUCAAGGUAGGAAUAACAAACAAGUCAGCUCUCAUCUUGAGUCUAGGUUCUGUUCUGCCUGUCAAGAUGAAGGCGAGGCUGAUGGGCCGGGUUAAGAGCGCUCUCAUCGUAGUGGGCGUGGUCUCUGUGCUUCUGCCAACGAGUCUGAUCCUCACCUCCAACAUCCGCGCUGAUACCUCGAGUGACACAAUACAACGGGUCUUUGUUGAGGCGACUCGACUGAAGAAACUGUUAUCUGUAGCUGAGGCGGACUCAAGGCAACACGACAACCGCAGGGCAGUGAGGUACCGUAAUCGCCAAGAAUUCUGUGCAGCUAAAGGAAACACCGUCAUCACGCCCGAGAUGUUUAAGCAUAUCAUUGUCAACGACAAAUAUAAGAUUUUGUAUUGCCAAGUACCAAAGGUCGCCUGCACAAACUGGAGACGGGUCAUGUUGAUCCUCACGGGGAAGAUGAACACAUCGGAGCCAAUGGAGCUGAAGGCCUCAGCAGUCCACGGUGCUUAUGAUGACUAUUUGACUUACCUCAGUGACCUCCCAAUUAAUGACAUCAAAUAUAGGCUGAAAAACUAUUACAAGUUUGUGUUCACUCGUGAACCCUUUGAGAGAAUAUUAUCAGCUUACAGGAACAAGUUUAAAGGGAACAAUCCUUUCUUUCACAAACGCUACGGGAAGAACAUCGUCAGAAGGUACCGAGUGAAUUCCUGGAACACAAAGCCAGAUGGUAAAGACGUGUCAUUUAAUGAAUAUGUUCAUUAUCUAACCGACUAUACACGCAGGGAACCUCUUAAUGAACACUGGGAGAAAAUGACAGAGCUUUGUCAUCCUUGCCUUAUAAAGUAUGACCUUGUAAGCUCCUAUGAUGACCUAGAGACGGACUCGGUGCGUCUUCUUGACAAGAUUGGAGCGUCAAGGAUCCUCCAAUUCCCGAAACGAUCGGCGUCAUACAAGCACGCAGGAACUGAGGAGCUUCUCCGUCAGUACUACAGCCAGAUCCCACCAGUCAUGUUGGAUCAGCUCAUGGAAGUGUAUUAUCCAGACUUUCUCAUGUUCAGGUACAAGGUUCCAAACAGUCUCCGGAAUCUCACACACUGGCAAGUCAAGCUAUGAGACAAUAGGCACUGUUCACAACAGUCUUUGUCAUUCGUGAAGGUGUAUUGCAAUGAACAUCCUUCCUUAUGGUGUAUUACAAUGGAUACCGUUCGUGAAGGUGUAUUACGAUUAUGGUACCGUUCGUGAAUGUGUAUUGCAGUUGAUACACUUCGUGAAGGUGUAUUACAAUGGGUACCAUUCGUUAAGGUUUAUUGCGAUUAUGGUACCGUUCGUGAAUGUGUAUUGCAGUUGAUACACUUCGUGAAGGUGUAUUACAAUGGGUACCGUUCGUGAAGGUGUAUUACGAUGGGUACUGUUCGUGAAUGUGUAUUGAAGUUGGUACACUACUUGAAGGUGUAUUACAAUGGGUACCCUUCGUGAAGGUGUAUUACAAUGGGUACCGUUCGAGAAGGUGUAUUGUAUUAGGUACCGUUCGUAAAGGUGUAUUGCAUUGGGUACCCUUCGUGAAGGUGUAUUACAAUGGAUACCCUACGUGGAUAUGUAUUACAUUUGGCACCCUUCCCGGAUGUAUAUUAUGAUGAUUACCAUUACCAGUGUGGGGUACCGUUCGUGAAGCAACUGGCCCUUCUAACUGGCCUACAACCCUUCGUGAAGAUAUAUUUCAAUGGCUACCGUUCGUGAAGGUGUAUUGUACUGGGUACCGUUCGUGAAGAUGUAUUACAGUUGAUACCUUUCGUGAAGGUGCAUUACGAUGGAGGUGUACCAGUAACUGGUGGAGAUGUAUUACUAAAUAAUAUGGAGGUAUAUUAAAUCCGGUGCCAACAGGGCCACGGACAGGUCUGGGAAAUAUUAUCGCUACUUGCAUGUUUGUGAUGGCUGUCUUGAUAUGUCAAAUUCGAUCAUAACAGCCGUGGGUUGUAUUGACUUCAUGUUAAGGUUUGAUCUAACCGGCCAUGAAUUGCAUUGCAAUUGUGAAUGGACUUAUUUGAUCAUGCUAGUUUUGACUUAUUUUUUAAUGCAAAUUGUACGAGUGACGGGUGCUACCGAUAGGGCAGGACAAACUUACCCUUUUCGCGAGCACCCGGUGUCAUCACUUGUUUUUCUCUUGCAUUGACGUUAUAUAUUUAUAUUGUAUUAUCGACUUUUGCAUGGUUUAGUCAUUCCAAUCACAAGGUGUAUUGCAAUUACCUUUAUUUGAACGGGGUUUUUUCAUCACAUCAUACAUGAUCUGAAUUCCAACGAUAUUCCAUUUUGUCUGAAUAUCAAUGGGACUUGCAAAAGUAAUAAAUUGAUACUUUUGCCAAUGAA